GCCGUCGCAGCUCCCUCGCCGAGCCGCCCGGCCGCUGUGGGCCAGGCCCGCCGUGCCCCGGCCGGACCCCACCAUGCUGCCCGCCCGCCAGCCGGAGAAGGAGGAGGUGGCGGCGGCCCCCGCCGUCCCCUACACCUACUGCAGCCGGCCCCGCGCCCUGCCCGCCCGCCCGAAGUACCGAGCGGCGCGGGACGCCGCCGAGCUAGAAAAGGAGCCCAUUCGUUACGCCAACCUCAUGUAUGACAGGAGAGUGGUGCGCGGCAACACUUACGCCCUUCAAGUCGUACCUGUGAGUACCCAGCCCAGUCCCCUUGAGAUUCAAAGGCAGAGGGAAGCACGGAAAAGAGCACUGGCUAGAAAGCGUGCAAAAGAGCAAAUGCAACCAAGAACACCUGAGCCUGUGGAAGGCAGAGAGCACGUUCAUGUGCAGACAGAACUGUAUCUGGAAGAGAUUAGUGACCGGAUAAUAGAGGUUGAUACAGAGUGUCAAACAGAUGCAUUUUUGGACAGACCGCCCACUCCAUUCUUCAUACCAGCCAAAACGGGAAAAGAUGUGGCCACGCAAAUAGAAGAAGGAGAGUUGUUUGACUUUGACGUUGAAGUCAAGCCGAUCCUGGAAGUGUUGAUUGGGAAAACGGUUGAGCAAGCUUUGCUGGAAGUCAUGGAGGAAGAAGAGCUGGCCCAGCUGUGGGCACGUCAGCGUGCCUAUGCAGAGCUGCGUAACGCAGAGCUUGCUGAAGUACAGCGCCUGGAAGAGCAGGACAGGCGAUACAGAGAGGAGAAGGAACGUCGCAAACUCCAGCACAUGCAAAUGCUGCAGAAACAGAAAGAGACCACAGAGAAAAUCGCAGCUUGGGCAUUUGCUCAGCGUUACUUGGCUGAUCUCAUUCCCUCAGUCUUCAACAAUCUUCGUGAGAGUGGAUUUUUUUAUGACCCUAUAGAAAGAGAUAUUGAGACAGAAUUCCUUCCGUGGCUGAUGACAGAAGUGGAAGAAACACUAGAGAGGAAGGUUCUGGGGAGGACAAUGCUUGACUCCUUGAUUCGUACAGUGGUUGAAAAACGCUUAGAUGCAUUUAGCCGUAAACCUCUGUCUGAUCAGACAGAGGCACCUGCUGAAGAGUCCAGGCCAACAGAUGCACCACACCAGGUGGUGGGUGAGACAGACGCUGCUGACCAACCGGUUGCAGAGAAAGAAGAGACUGACCAACCUGUUCCUGAGGAACAGCCUUCACGUCACAUCUCUUUCCGGUUAGAAGAAUCGGAUCCAGCAGGAACAGAGGAUUUGGAAACUGAGUAACAAGGAGGCAAGUCAUCAAGUAAAUGGAGAUGAAUGGCUUAGAAAGAAGAAAUGAAUUCCUAUCUAUUUACAAGUAUUGUGCCCUAGCCAUGCUGAAGGAUGAACCUAAGUAACAGUAGAGCAUUAAAGCGUGUUUUCCAUAUGCUGGCAUUGCUGAUUUUGGGCCGUAAGAAUCAAGAGAGAGGUUACUAGUGCAAUGUGAAUGGCAGUGAAAUUCUAUCCCCUUCUACACAAGCCAAUCCAUCAAAAACCUGGGACAUUUACAGUUGAAAAGUGAUGCUGUGCCACACCCCCUGCUAGAAGGUCAUGAGAAGAACAUUGAGAGCAUCCUAAUAACCUUUGCAAAUGCUUUGAUAAUGUUCUCAGAACAGAAUUUCCUUACUUUCCCUAUUUUGAAAGGUGGCUACUACAGCACAGCUAUAUUUCUUUUCACUCAUGUUAGUCUCUCCUUUCCUGACACACUUGCAUGGGCAUCUCAGCAGGUAAUAAAGCGAAGGCUGUUCCUGAAGUUCUUCAGGUUCAAAGAAUUAUCUGCCUUUGGGAGUUUCUGCCAGUGCAAAAUCCUCCUCACCUUCCUUACACCCCGAGCACUGGUGAGGGGCUGGAGUCACACGCUAAGUCCAGCCUCCGUUUUUUUUGUAAUCGUCCUUUCCUGCUGGUUGACUGGAAACAGUACCAGACAUGACUGACAAAAUGUGCCUGCACUGCAACCUGUAUCUGUCUGUUCACAGGCCAACUCCUCAAGUGGGGCAUUCCCCCUCAUAAAAGUACAUCUGCGCUCCAUUGCAGCAACACCUUUUCCUUGCUAGGUGCACCUGUGGAAAAAGUCCUGCCUCAUCCAGACUGCUUUGUGCUACCUCCUCUUUGCAGGUCAGAGGAGAUGUGUGCUAACCCAGCAGGCCAGAUCCCAGUCUCAGUGGGAUGUCAGGAAUGACACCUGAAGAGAUAAGGACCUGCUCCACAUCUCAUACCCUCAAAAGGGAUGUCCAGACUUUUCACUGGACCACUUGUACGUGUGACUUCAAAGGCAGACCCUGCCUUCCCUCCAUCCUGGGCUAGGACAUCCAGUGAUAACCAGGGCAGCUAUUGCUUACACGGAAAAGCUCCCUUGGAAGGUGUCAGGUAUUUACCUCUCUCUGUAGGUAGUUGAAAGUCAGAAGUAAUGAGAUGUAACGACCAACAAAUCCACUCAGUGGUUUGAUGUAAUAUGAGUGUGUUAAAACUGGGCGUCUGGAGUCACAUAGUACAAAUUGUCGACAGACACACCCAUGGAUGCUUUUCAAAGCUGGAGUAUUCCCCUGUAAACUCCUCCUCUGUUUGCUAAGUUGACAGUAUUUCAACAAAGUGUGAUUGUUUUUUCAUUUAUGAUUGAUUCCUCAAAGCAUCCAGCAAAAUGUGUUACAUGUAUGAAAUUAAGGUAGUCAAUGCUCACUAAAUCUGUGUCUGUAAGUUUCUAAGAAGAAUUUAUUUUUAUACACAUGACUGGAAUUGAAGGCUUGAAAUGAAACUCUGGUUUAGGCAUUGAAGUCGGUGGGAGGUUUACCUCAACUUCAGUAGGACCAAGAUUUUCAAUUGUUUUUUUUCCCAUGAUGAUGGAAACUCCUGUCAUGACUUCAGGUAGAUCAGGUAAAUUACUUCAGGCUAAUUUUAUCUAGAGAAAUAAAAGGCUUUGUGGCAUGAUUAAUGAGAUUAAUGUAAAUGUUUCAGCUCAUUUUUGGAACACUGUAUGUCAGUUCUAAGGAUUCCUUAUUAGUGAAUGAUUGUUUUGUCAUGUAUUUACAGGAGACUUAGUAUAACCUAGAGGACUGUCAUGGAUCGUUCCUGAAAAGAUUCAAACAAAUGCUGCCUUGAAUAUUUGGUUUUGGAAUAUUACAAGAGGAAGGUGAUCACCUGGAAUAUUUUCAUUUUUGUCACUCCCACUUUGUGUUUGAUUGCUAGAAAAUUUACUUGAAGUGUUGAAUUAUUCUAUUUAAAUAGGUUGUGGCAUUAUUAUGUAUUCUUAAAUUAUUAUAAAAAAAUAAUUAAUUGUA